UACAGUGGAUGUAACGGCAUCGUGCCGCGCCCUGCCGUCCGCUAGACAAGUCACUUUGGACGAUUGCACUUGGUGUUUGCUUUGAAGUGGUGAUUUUGAGCUCGUUUUCGACCAAAGGUGGAAUCUGAGCCGAGAUGGCAGGCACCACGCCUAAUGGCCUUGAUAGUCAUUCAAAGCCGUACGACACCGACGAUCCAGAGACGCAACGACAAAUGUGGCGUCCACCAGACAUUGAGCAGGACAUGAAGGAGAUGGAACGUCGAAAGCGUGUCGAGAUGAUCAUGAACAGUCAAGUUUUUCGAGAAGAACUGGAAAGGAUCAUUGAGUCUCAGCUCUCCGAGGGAUACACACCAUCCAACAUGGCUGCUCUGCAGCAGGUGACUGAACUUCUCCUUCCACAUGCAACAAAACAGUCUACUUUGAGGGGUGGCCGUGGACUGAUGCCCGUCAACGACGUUCGAGGAGUGGACGGCUUGCGGUACUCCAAAGGGGAACGCCUGCUGAGGUGCAAAUUGGCUGCUCUCUGCCGCUUGCUGGACGCCUACGGCUGGACAACCACAGCUUUCAACCACGUCACAGUACGUGUGAGCCAGGACCAGGAGCACUUCCUGGUGAACCCAUUUGGGCUACUCUACCACGAAAUGACUGCUUCGACCCUGCUCAAGCUGGACAUGCAGGCCAAUGUGAUUGACUCUGGCAUGACAACAUUUCACUUCAAUCGACCCGCAUUCAUGAACCACACUGCAAUUCAUGCUGCCCGUCCUGAUGUUAAGUGUAUCAUCCACGUGCAGCACCCACCUUGUGUGGCGGUAUCCUCGAUGAAGUGUGGUCUCUUACCCAUUACUCCCGACUCAGCCCUCCUGGGUGACGUCACGUACCAUGAAUACACAGGGAGUAUUGCACAGAGCCUGGGUCCAUCCAGCAAGGUGCUCUUCGUGCGGAACCAAGGCGUCUACGUCUGUGGAGACUCCGUCGAAGAUGCUUUCUCUCUGCUGUGCUCAACAAUUGAAGCAUGCGAAACUCAGAUGAAGCUGGCUCCCAUUGGCUUCGAAAAUGUGCACCUCCUUUCCGAGGAUGCCCAACGCAGCGUUCGUGAGGAGCACGCACGCUCGCGCUCGGACGAACCGAUCCACGGGGGAGACGAAGACAAAGAGAAGGCAGACCCGAAGGAAAAACCCAAGCGUUGGCGCCCGUGCGACGUCGUCUUUGAGGCACACAUGCGAGCUCUCGAUAAUGCGGGUUUCAGAACUGGGUACGUGUACCGGCAGCCCCUGCUGCGUAACGAGCAGCCUCGCUUCACAACGGACGUGGCAGUCCCACCUUCUGCAAGCUCUGUGUCACAGUUCCUCGAGGAGGACAAAUGGCUCAGUCCUCUGAAGAAGUUGCUGGACGGCAAGAAAACUCAGGACAAGCUACGCUGGGUGAACUCUCCAAACACGUACCAGCGCGUCGAAGUCCUCGAAACUGGCACCACCGACCCCAAGAAGAUCACAAAGUGGGUAGAAGUUGGAGGGAGUGGGGAUGCUGAUUCAUGGGUACAAGAAGGUUCCCCUUCCCAUUCCACAUCUGUAAAAAUAGACACGUCCCAUCAGUUUGUCCCGAAAGGCACUGACCCAGGAGAGUUUAAACGCAAGCAGAAAGAGUUGAAAGAGAAUCGUCUCAACUCGAAGAUUAACGCUGGCCCUCAGUCGAACCUGCUGGAGGGUGUAACUUGGGAGGAAGUAAAGAAAAUGCAGGAUGCUGUAAUGAGCGCAACGGGAGACCAAGUGAUUCUCGUGGGAGCUGCUUCCAAGGGUAUCAUCCAGAGGGACUUCCAGCAUAAUGCCAUGGUGUACAAAACGGCGUACAGCAAGAAUCCCUUUGACAAUGUCAGCGACAGCGACUUAGAAGAAUACAAGCGCAUUGUUGAGAAGAAGCAGCGCGGGGAGCCAAUUGAAGAAGAUAUUCCAGAGAGCUUGAAGCCUCUGCUUGUGGAGCCAGUGUCCGUACCAGAGCACACGUCAAGUCCAGCCCAAUCCCCUCCCCAGUCUCCCACUUCGCCUGCGUCUGACGAAGAAGCAAAGGGCAAAUCGACAACGAAGUACCUUCAUCCCGAGCCACAGAUUAUCAUCACUGACGAUUCCAAAUCCAGCGCUCGAGUGAAGAGGUCCCUGUCGUCUCGGCUGGCUACAGAAGCUGCUGAAGAAGAGCGUAUCGUCGCACAGCAGUUUGGUCGCCGGGCUCAAUCCGAGCGCAAACCCAAGCGGCACAGUGAUGCGCCAAUGAAUGGUGACGAGAAGCUGAAGUCCACAGAAAGUGGGGACGUUUCGGCGGCUUCACGCAGUAGUAAAGAGAGUUCACCUGUCAAAGAAAUGGACGGUGACUCCCCUAAGAAAGACAAGAAGAAGAAAAAGGGUCUCCGGUCACUAUCCUUCCUGAAGAAGAAACAGCACCGAAAGGAAAAGGAAGACAAGGAGAAAGCAACAUCAGAGUGGCAGAAUCGUAGCCAGUAGCAAUUUCUGAUGUGACGCUCUGCUGAUAAAACUGCCAGUCACCAUAAGCUCAUUAGCACCGGACCCACAAAGGCCACUGCCGACAAGACAAAAUAAUCCUGGCCAACGUUUGGAAGCUUUGGAAUAGUUGACUUGGAAAGUGCACUACCAAAAGGCUAAGCCGUGUAGCAUUCGGUGUCUCCUACAAAUUGUUCAGUUACUUGCAUUGGGUUUUAUGCAGGUUUUUAGCAUCAUAGUAUUUUUAAGGCUUUCCUUGACCCAUUGGAGCUUGCAAAGGGUGGUUAAUGGGGGAAAGAGAACAUUUUAGGUAGGAUUUUUUUUAUCUUAAGGUACAUAAAGGAAGACAAACAAGUUGGGGCUUUUUUCGGUUGUGUCAUUCUUAACAGGAAGCAGUUCAGUCCUUCAUGCAGCUUGCUGUGUUGUUGCACUUGUUCUGUAGUGCAGAACUUUGUGUGUGUGUUGUUCAUGUGUCAAAGCACAGUUUGUUUUGCUCAAACUGCCGUUCGCCGUUAGAUGUGAAAGCUUGGGCAAGGCAAGCUGUCAACUGUUGUUGUGCAGUUUGGGCAGUACAAAUGCGUUUGUCCCCCGCUCUUUGGAAAGAUGAUAUAUAUAAAGUAUAUAUAUAUAUAUAUAUGACCGCAUACUUAGUGCUUUUACCCCGUAUUUCAGUGGCACUUUGGAUACUAGAUGCUUGCGAAAGGGUACGCAGGAGGUGGGGGGGGGGGAAGGCUGUAAAAUCGAAAUGGUGAAAUAAAAACGGAAAAUGUUUCGUUCCAACCCAGAACUCUCUCUGACAUGUGACUAAGGCUAGGCUUUGGUGAUGCGUGUUUGCAACAUAUGCAUUAUGGCCAAUGUCCCUGCCUCGCAUUUUUAUGAGUGCAUGCGUGUGUGUGAAUGUCAAGAUUUUUAGACUCGAUUUUUGUGGCAGCUGUACUACCGCUAUUGAUCUACACACUAACUAACUGGAGUAACCUAUAAAAAAAAAGCUUGUUUUGUACAUAAGGACAUAAAGCGGAGCCUCUGUUUUGAAUUGACAUGUCCCAUAAGUUGAGACCCAGCAUGGGCUAGGUGCUAGAUCUAGCAGGGCCAAAGUUUUGAGCCCCACUGUGCUUGCUAGGGCUUUUGUGUUGUACAUGCAUCUUGAGUUGCUCUAACCCUUAGCUAAAUGUAGUGUUUAGCAUAGUUUAGGCAUUUUGUGGAGGCACGGUCGGCCUCCUAUGACAUGUGCAACAGGUAGGCUGUUCCUGGACUCUGUGGGCACAUGUGUGCGUGCUUGAAACACUGGUCUUGUGGCAUGUUGUUGACGUUGAGGGGAUUUUGCAGCAUCGCACUUUGUCCAUUGGCAUUAAAGAGUGUUUAACACUGCGAUACCCUCCGUUUCAGUAUCCGUCACUGAAAUGCUUUGAAUCUUUGCUGGGUCUGAACUUCAUGCUGGCCGGUGUGAAGGUUUUUCAUGCAGCGAUUCUCAUUGUGCAUCUGACUAUUUGCUUUUUUUUAGUUCCAUUACCCAUUGCACUCUGCUGUUGCCCCUUCCUUCUCUCUAAAGGCACGAUGUAGCAAAACUAUUUCAAAGUGCUCUGAAAUUGCUUUAUAUAGUGGACAAAAAAUGCAGAAUGUGAAUAAAAAUUGAACUUGUGGUUA